GGCGGGUCGCUCCCUUGCUCCGACGCAGUGCGUGCCCUCUGCAGCAAGGCAAGGCUGUGACCGUUGCAACCUUGCCUCCCCGUGACGACGGAUUCGGGUGAUUCGUCGCGCCAAGCGCAGGCUGGGAACUGAUUGGUGCCGUCGAGGGUAGGGAGGGAACUUACCCCUCGGCGAACCUUCCCUCCGCUGGCGUUCGUGAAGUUCUCCGCCGAGUCGAAGGCGCGCUAGCCAGGCAGGCAGGAAGGCAGGAAGGAAGGAAGGAAGGAGCAGCUUUAGGAAAGAUGGCACUACCAUCGCCGUCGCCGUCCACAGUGGCCCCGUGCCCAUCUCCAUCUCCAUCGUCAUCCUCAUGGGGAUCUGUAUCAGGUUCUUUGUCGCUCGGCGGGCGACGUUGCUUGUGCUCGGGGGGGACUAUGAAAUUGUCGACAGCGGCAUGCCACCACGCCCGCGACAUGCCCUACAGGACGGAUCUGCGGCUAACUACUCUGUCUUCGCUAUUAGCAGCCCGAUUACUAUCGUUGUCUUCCUCCCACUAUUCCUCCUUCUCCUCCUCCUCCCCAUCAUCAUCACCAUCAUCAUCAUCAUCAUCAUCAUUAUCACCAUCAUCAUUAUCCUCUUCUUCUUCUUCCUCUUCGUCGCCAUCAUCGUCAUGGUUGGCACGCGCCUGGAUUGUCCGGCCGCGGGCGGGACCAUCUUCGUCCUUUCUCUCAGGCCUUGCAGUUCCGUCUCGGCGGGACGAGAACGAUGGGCCGUCGCUGUUAUCGGCGACGGGACCGUCGAGAAAUCGGAGAGAGGAGGAGGGAGGGGUGCGGAGAGGGGGAAGGAUAGUCUGCAUGGCUCAUCCGAGGCGCGUGAAGAUGGUUGCCCAACAGAUAAAGCGGGAGAUCGCCGAGAUGCUGCUUCGCGACACAGUGCUGAAACAGGCGGUACUGCCGGAGACCGCUCUGGGUGCGGACAAGUACCUCACAUCAGUCGCGACUGUGACUGACGUGGAGCUUUCCAACGAUCUGCAGGUUGCAAAAGUAUAUGUGUCCGUGUUUGGAGAUGAGAGGGGGCAAAGUGUUGCCAUAGAAGGACUGAAGUCGAAGCAAGGUUAUGUGAGGAGCGGGAUUGGGAGGCGGAUGCGCCUAAGAAUGAUCCCAGAAGUGCGGUUUAUCGCGGAUGAUUCAUUCGAACGGGGGAGCCGGGUCUUGAAAUUAAUGGCAGAGUUGCAGGAGGAAAGGGAGAGAAAAGAGAGAGGAGAGAACGUAUGGGCAGACGUCGAUGAGGGCUUGGCGGCGUUGGAUUUCAUCGAAGAGGAAGAGGUUAACAAAAGGCCAAGGAAAGCCAGGAGGAAGGAAAGAGGAGGGGGUGAUAACAUUGUGUCAGGGAUCUCCACGGAGGCGAAAGUUCAGUUCACAUGGGAUGGUAGAGAAGAUUUCAGUCCUUUUGGUAGACAACUGGAGACGGAGGGAGAUGAUGAUGAGGACGAUGAUGCUGGUGACCGUGAGGGUGAGGGUGAUCUUGAAAAUGAUGAAAAUGUAAUUCUCAUCGACUGAAAAAGAAACUGCCACGUUUUUUAUUCAACUAACAAUUUGUUUACAGCAAACGAGGCUACCUACCUGCCCUCUGUGUGAACCCUCUCCCCAUGCUUGUGAAGAGAAGCUGAAUGGGUGCAUCCUGCCCUAUUUCAUGCCAGUGCGGUAAAAGCUAUAAGGGGAUCGGAGCUGUCGAUCUGAUCCACCACCAAAGCAUCACAGCAAAGUGGAUCAGCAACAGUGCAACAGGUGGCUUGGGUGUUUCCAAUGGUUGACCCCCAAUCUCCUCCUCCAUAGCAUCAAUCAUGCAGCAGUCAAGCGCAAUAUGAAACCCAAAUAAGGAUGAUGAGGAUGAUGAAUUUUUUGAGUAAAGAUGCCCUUGGUCU